CCCAGAAGCAGCAGCAGCAGCAAGUAAAUACCACACAGGAGACCCAAAAAAAACUCUGAGGACCCGCAUGCAGAUGGACGUAGAGACGGUGCAGGCGGGUCCUGCGCUCGCGGCUCAUCUGCAGCUGCAGGCAUCGCCGAAGCCACAGGUGAAGAAGUACUACUUCAAGAAGAAGACGAGCAGUAGUCAUAGCAGAAAUGGUAAGGAUGAUGUCAACCACGACUCCACGAUUCAACCCAGGUCGCCCCUGAGCAGACAGAGCCUGACCUUCGACGCCAUCCCCACAUACCACGCUGGAGCUUUCUACGAGAUCGACCACGAUAAAUUGCCCCCUAAAUCCCCAAUCCAUCUGAAAUCCAUACGGGUGGUUAAGGUGAGCGAGUGCACGAACCUGGACAUCACAGUGAAAUUCCCGUCCCUUCAGGCGCUGCGCAGCUUCUUCUCCUCCUACCCGGCACCCGGCACCGGACCGGAACUAGACGAGCGCUUCGUCAUGAGCAGCAACCACGCCGCGCGCAUCUUGCGCCGCCGAGUGACCGAGGAGGAGCUCGAGGGCGAGGUGCAGCAGGACAGCUUCUGGCUCAUCAAGCCCCGGCUCUAUGACUUCGCCGCACCUCAGCAGGUGCCGUCACGGACAUUGUGCCUGCCGCCGCCGCCCGCUCCACCGGCGGCUACGCUGGGGCUAACAGCUGACUCCUGUCUACUCACCACGUUGAAGUGCGAUGGCGCCGGGUGGGGUAUGAGGCGCCGCGUCAGGUACAUUGGACGGCAUCGUGAUGAAGCUCCCAAGGAGGCUAGUGUUGAUGGCUACGACACAGAGUCCAGUGUCAGGGAGGUGCAGCAGCCUCCAGCGACGCAGGAAGUUAAAAGGAGCGAAAGAAACUGUAAAAGAAAGCGGGAGGCGGAAGCGAGCAGCAAGGACAACAACGGAGACGAGGGCAAGAAGAAUAACAAGGUUCAGGGCGCCAGCAAGAAGAUUUCAAAAAAGGCGAAGAAGCGGACCGUCGAAUCCAAGGACGGUGACCCUCGGCACGGCAAGGACCGGUGGUCAGCCGAGCGCUACGCCGCAGCAGAGAAGAGCCUGCUCAACAUCAUGCGCUCCCGAGACGCACGGUUCGGCGCACCGGUGAUGCGGCAGGUGCUGCGGGAGGAAGCCCGCAAGCACAUCGGCGACACCGGCCUCCUUGACCACCUGCUCAAGCACAUGGCUGGCCGGGUGCCGGAAGGCAGCGUUCACCGGUUUCGUCGCCGGCACAAUGCGGAUGGUGCCAUGGAGUACUGGCUUGAGCCAGCCGAGCUUGCUGAGGUACGGAAACAGGCCGGUGUAUCUGAUCCAUACUGGGUGCCACCGCCGGGAUGGAAACCAGGUGAUGAUGUGUCCCUCGUCGCCGGCGACAUUCUAGUCAAGAGGCAGGUUGAGGAGCUCACCGAGGAGGUCAAUGGCGUAAAAAGGCAAAUGGAGCAGUUAUUGUGCAAGGAUGAUGGGGACUUCGGUGCAGAGAGAGACUACAGUUCAUUGAAAGAGAAGUACCAGCGUGCUGUGAGGGCUAAUGAAAAGCUUGAGAAGCAGGUGCUCUGUUUGAAGGACAUGUGUGAGAAUGUGGUUCAGAUGAAUGGUGAGCUGAAGAAGGAGGUGUCAUCCUUCAAGGAAAAGUACGAGCAUAUAGCUGACAAGAAUGAUAAGUUAGAGGAGCAGGUUACCUACCUCUCCAGCUCCUUCCUUUCUUUCAAGGAUCAGCUGGUAGUGGCUCUGAAGCUGGAACUGGCUCCAAGUGAAGCUGUUCCCCGCACAGCACUGUUCGUUGCUUCCGGUGAGCAGAUGACCGGCACCGUCAUCCAAGGCGGCCAAGACAGGGCGGAAAGGAAGAGCAGCUUCCGCGUCUGUAAGCCACAGGGCAAGUUCCUGUUGCCGAGCAUGGCGUCUGGCAUGACCAUCGGCAGGGGCGCCAGCAGCACCUGCCCGGCCGCCGCCACGCCAGGCCCGGGGAUCCCUCGCAGCACCAGUUUCCCCAGUAUGCCGGGCCUCCCGCGGUCGUCGCGAGGCCCAGUUGAGGUGGUGGCGGCGGCGUCCGGCCUGGACGAGCACGUGAUGUUUGGCGCCCACUUCUCUACGCCGCCCUCGGCGUCGUCCACCAACGACGCUGCCAAGCUGCAGCUGUCCCUGCCCAGCCCGAGGUCGCCCCUGCAGCCGCAGAAGCUGUUUGACACUGUUACUGCUGCUGCUUCUGGGUUUAGUCCCCAAAAGCUGAUGCAUUUCUCCGGCCUGACUCGACGCGAUGUGGACACCUCGUCGUCAUCGUCCGGGGCCUGCGGUUCCGGCCUGCUAGAGGGGAAGAGGGUCCUGUUCGAUGCAGACGCCGGCGGGAUCAGCGCGGUGGGAACCGAGCUGGCCCUGGCUACUCCAUCCUACUGCUGA